AUGGAGUCAGCAUACGCGGAAGCGGCCUGCCUCCUCAUUGAGGCCGGCGCGGAUCGCACUCGCGAGAACCUCGAUGGCGAAAUGCCGGAAGAUCUCGAAGGUGUGGGCGGACAGGAACAGAGACGGGCAAAGGACUAUGUCAUUGAGCGCUGCGGGAAGCGGUCAUAA